GUUGUCCAAUGAACUUGUAUUUUCUAUACCUGAAAGAUUUGUAAUUAAAUAUGCCUAUUGAUUUUUAUUAUAUUAUUGGAAGCCCUCCCUGUACAGCAGUUCUUUUAACUGCCAAAGCUGUUGGAAUAAAUUUGAAUCUAAAACUUAAAGAAGAAAAUAAGGAACAUUUACUUAAAAUCAAUCCUCAAAAUACAGUACCUACUAUAGAUGAUACUGGUUUUGUUCUUUGGGAGAGUAGAGCAAUCAUGCAAUAUUUGCAGAAUCAGUAUGGAACGGAUGCAAGUCUAUAUCCUACAGAUCCUAAGGAACGUGCUAUUGUAGAUUUUAUGAUGUAUUUUGAUAUUAGUACUUUAUACGAUAGACUGUAUUAUUAUCUUCUUCAUGUUGCCUUUGGAUUUGGUUACGAUCCAGAAAAGUUUGUAAAACUGAACGAGGCUUUCAAAUUGUUCGAUACUAUGUUAUCCAAUUCUGAACAUGCUGCUGGUAACAAACUCACUCUUGCUGAUUUGACACUGGUAGCCACUGUUUCAACUAGUGAUUUUUUGGGUUAUGACUUAACUCCCUACAAAAAUAUUGUUAGAUGGUAUACCAAAGUGAAAGAAGUAGCUCCUGGAUAUGAACAAAUCACUAACAAAUCGCGAUUAGCUAUCAAACAGCAAAUUGAUAAAAUAAAUGAAAAAUAG